CCGCCGACGUGAUGCAGGCUGACCUCCUCUCCGCAGCACAGGCACGGCAUUGUCGCAUUAGGUACGUCGAGAUGUCUGCUGAUUUUUUUGCUGUUCUCGGAAAACUCGAAAAAAAAAAUGUGAUUGCGUCGUUAUGUGUGCCCGUCGCUUGGCAUGCCCGACGCUCGUGUCUCGUCAGCCACCCCCGGAGGACAAUAGCCCCUGAGGCUCCUCCUGUCAAGUGCUCCAGUUUUCUGGCAGGGCACCGACGCCGGGCUGUGUCGGGCUCCCUGAUAACGCUCACGACGAGGACCGGCAUGUUGGCGGGGGCCCUGCCGCCUGCCGCGGGCUGCCUGCCGGCCUCCAUUCAUCUGUCGCGUGCAGAUGUCGCUCGCGAUGCCGCUCCCAGCAGCAGAAGCUCGCCGGCCAGUGGCCCGUGCGCAGCGCUCGGAGACAGUCAGCGACGACAGCUCUACGGCCACAGCGAGCACCAAAACAGUCAACAAACAAAGAACCAUUCGCGUAAGAAAUCAGCGUCAUGGCCGGGAGCGUCUUCGUCGUCUGUGUUCCAACGAAAGCCCAGGAAAGUAAAUUGGUGGAUGCAGAUGCAAACAACACAAGCAGCAAACUGAAAUCCACGACCAGCGCCUCAAAUCUGGAGAACGCUUUCCAGUCUACUAAUAGUUUGGGCGCUCGUCUCGGCAGCACCCGCUCAGAUGACAGCAUCUUUGUCGCUGGCAAUAAGGAAAGUCAGGAAAAGGUAUCAAUUUCGAAAUCCGAGCAGGCGCCCGGCACGGCUCGCAAAGAGAUGUUCAUCGGCCCCUGGCGGGUGGACGCCUCGGACCUGCCGCCGCUCACGCCCCUCGGGGGGCGUCGUCGCCGUGCUCGGAGUCCCGGCCGCAGCCCCGGCCGCAGCCCCCGCAGCCCGCUCGUGGACAUGUCCUCCCUGUCGCGCUCCGACCCGGAGGGCAUCGGCGCCAAGGGCGGCGAGACACCCGUCAGCAACUUCAAGAAGCGCCGCCACAGAUACCUUGAAGAUGAACUGCAAAAAAUACUGAGGGAUUUGAAAAUCAAAAAUGCCGUCUGGUGUGAGGGGCGGGAAGGCAAAUUUUAUCAGGUCUUAUUCACAAUUGAGUCACGUGAGGCUUGUGAGGAGGCACUUAAAAAGCUGGCUGAAAGAGGCAUAGGAGUCCUGCUCAACUCAGUUGUAAGCGUUCUUCCAUGCACUCUUUUCUACCAAGGAGCAAAAAGUACUUCUGGCUCAACAGACAAAUUAGAUGAUGAAAAUGAAGACAAUUUAGAAGAGGACUGCCCUGGAGUUACGCAAAGUGCUUGUGCAGGGGUUAAACCUCCUCAAUCUGAGUGGGAACAAUUUGUGCAAUCAGUACGAGCAAGGCUGACAGUCGCUCAAGUUGUAGAAGGUGUUCGUGCAAAUGCAGGAUUCACAUUUGACUUCCUGCUUCUUCUUAUUGUUGCAUCAUUUUCAGCUGCAUUGGGUUUCUUGGAAAACAGCACUGUGAUUCUGGUAGCCAGUGUGCUCAUCUCACCCUUAAUGGGACCUGUGAUGGCCGCUACGUUUGGAACCAUGAUCAACGACAGGAGUCUGAGGCGCAUGGGGCUGGUGAACGAGUGUGCCGGACUGCUGGUCUGUCUGUCGAUCGGUCUCUGUACUGGGCUUGGCGUCGGAUUCUUUGACCAACCGGUGCCAACGGCAGAGAUGAUUGACAGGGGGCAGCUGCGCUCGCUGUGGGUGAACACGGUGAUCGCGAUGCUCUCGGGCGCCGGGAUCGCCAUCGCGCUGCUCCGCGACAACACCGGGUCGCUCGUCGGGGUGGCCAUCUCCGCGUCACUGAUGCCCCCCGCCGUCAACGCGGGUUUGCUGUGGGCCAUGGCGUUCGUGUUCUACAUGACGUGCCCGGUGUCGUCGGCCGGCGAGCAGGUGCUGGAGGUGCUGGAGCAGGGCGCCGCCGGCGAGGACGCCUCCCCGCGCUACAGCACCUACUACUCGGACCUGCCGCACAUCGAGAUGGCGGUCAUGGGCGGCAUCUCGCUCUGCAUCACCUUCAUCAACAUCGUCUUCAUCUACAUCACCGGCACCAUCAUGCUCAAGGUGAAGGAGGUGGCCCCGCACUGCCAGGCGCACCAGCUCUUCUGGGCCCACGACGUCAAGGUCGCGAGGGACUACAACACGACCCUGCACGGCACGACGGCGGCGGAGAUGCUGCGCUCGGUCGUCAACAAGACGGACCAGUGCGCGGUCGGCGGCAGCGGCGGCGACGACUGCGUCAACAAGGCGGACAAGCAGCUCUCCCCGGACUUCGCCCGCCUCUGGCGCCUCUCCGCGGCCGCGGCGCUGCCGGCGAACAGCAGCAGGUUCCCCAGCCGGGCGGACGCGCGCUACCUGGGGGUGUGCCCCGAGCACCAGCUGACGUGGUCGCCCAACAUGCUGGUGGACAAGGAGGAGGUACCCAGCACGGUGCGCGAGCUCCAGGGCCUGUACCGCACCAUCCGCCUGCAGGAGCACUGCCACCAGGACGCGGCGGCGGGCCCCGGCCACCACGGCCGCCGGUCCUCCUUCAGCAACGGGUGCGGCGCGGGCGCCCCGCUCGGCGUGCCCAGCUCCAGCUGGCGGCUAGGGAGCAGCGACGGCUACCGCUGCAUCCGGGCGGCCAGGGCGGCCCGGGGCGGGCGCGCGGGCGGCCAGGUCGAGCAGCCGGGCGCCAGGUGGCCCGCGUUCUCGCCGCCCUACAGCAACAUGCCGGCCCAGCAGCUGGACCCCGUGCCGCCGCCCGCGUCGGCGCAGCCCUCCACGCCGUUCCUGACGCCGCGCCCCGGCCACGUCGUCGACGGCGACCUCUCCAUCCGCGUCCCCGUGACGCCCGCGUCCCUGUUCCGCACCCCGCUGGACACGGGCGGCACGCCCGCGGCCUCCACCGUCGUGACCCUCGACGGCGACCUGGCUGGCGCCGGGCCGCCGGCCGCGACCGUGCACCGUCCGCCCAAGCGGCGGCGCUUCGUCGUGACCAGGACGGAGGACGCCGAGGCCCUGCUCUCGCCCGCCUGGGUGUGAGCGUGCUCGAACUGCUUCGGGGUGCUCACC